UCUUGUCUUCUCUGUGGGCUCAAGAAAGGACCACCCCACCUCAGGAUGAACCCUCCUUCGGGGCCAAGAGUCCCACCGGCCCUGGCCCAGGAACCCAGCUGCAUGGCCAGCCCGGCCUCACCCAGCAAGUGGGACAGCUCCCAGAGCAGCGCCUCCAGCCUGGACCAACCUCUGCCCGUCAGUCCCACGGCCCCCGGGGCUCAGGCGGCUGCCUGGGUCCCCUUCCCCACAGUCGAUGUUCCGGACCACGCCCACUACACUCUAGGCACCGUGAUCCUGCUGGUGGGGCUCACGGGGAUGCUGGGAAAUCUGACAGUCAUCUAUACUUUCUGCAGGAGCAGAGGCCUCAGGACACCUGCCAACAUGUUCAUUAUCAACCUUGCGGUCAGCGACUUCCUCAUGUCCUUCACCCAGGCCCCCGUUGUCUUCGCCAGCAGCCUCUACAAACGGUGGCUCUUUGGGGAGGCAGGCUGCGAGUUCUAUGGUUUCUGUGGGGCUCUCUUUGGCAUUACCUCCAUGAUUACCCUGACGGCCAUCGCCCUGGACCGAUACCUGGUGAUCACACGCCCCCUGGCAGCCAUCGGGGUGGUGUCCAAGAGGCGGGCGGCGCUUGUCCUUCUGGGGGUCUGGCUCUACGCCCUGGCCUGGAGUCUUCCACCCUUCUUUGGCUGGAGUGCGUAUGUGCCCGAGGGGCUGCUGACCUCCUGCUCUUGGGACUACAUGGACUUCACACCAUCGGUCCGUGCCUACACCAUGCUGCUCUUCUGCUUCGUGUUCUUCCUCCCUCUUCUUGUCAUCAUCUACUGCUACAUCUUCAUCUUCAGGGCCAUCCGGGAGACGGGCCAGGCUCUCCAGACUUUUGGGGCCUGUGAGGGCCUCAGUGAGUUGCCCAGGCAACAGCAGCGGCUGCAGAGCGAGUGGAAAAUGGCCAAGAUUGUGCUGCUGGUCAUCUUUCUCUUCGUGUUGUCCUGGGCCCCCUACUCUACUGUGGCCCUGAUGGCCUUUGCUGGGUACUCGCAUGUCCUGACGCCCUACAUGAACUCGGUGCCAGCCAUCAUCGCCAAGGCCUCUGCCAUCCACAACCCCAUCAUUUACGCCAUUACCCACCCCAAGUACAGAAUGGCCAUAGCCCAGCAUCUGCCCUGCCUGGGGCUGUUGCUAGGUGUGUCAGGCCAGCGCACUGGCCCAUACACCAGCUACCGUUCCACCCACCGGUCCACACUGAGCAGCAGCCAUACCUCGGAUCUCAGCUGGAUCUCUAGACGGAGGCGUCAGGCGUCUCUGGGCUCUGAGAGUGACGUGGGCUGGACAGACACGGAGGCAGCAGCUACAUGGGGGGCUGCCCAGCAAGUGAGUGGCCCAUCGCCCUGUAGUCUGGGCCUGGAGGAUGUGGAAACGAAGGCCCCUCUCAAGCCCCAGGGAUCUGAAGCAGAGGCUCCAAGGAAGACCAAGGGACAGCUCCCCAGCUUGGACCCCAGGAUGUAG